CUUUUGAGAGAUCUUCUUGGGAUGUGGGAGGACACCCGAUUGCCCACCCAAAGAAAACCCACGCGGGCUCCGGGAGAACGCGAAAAACUCCACACAGGCGGGGCCGGGAUCGAACCCGCGUCCUCUCAACUGUGAGGCCAACGCUUUUACUAGCUGAUUCGCCGUGCGUGCCGCCACUUUUCGUUUCCGAUAUUAACUGGGAAAUGUUACAUUUUAGUUUGAAACGCCUCCCGGAAGCGAGCGAGCGGUCCGCCCCGGGUCCGGCUUGACAGCCGUCCCAUCCGGCACCGCACCGGAGCCACCAGGAGUUCACUUGUCCCGCUGCAGGCAAAGACGACGAGCGGCCGGAACGGCAGCAGCAGGAGGAGGAGGAGCAGAAGCGGAUCCCCGGCGACCGUCGAGCAUCGCCGCAUCGCCGCCCGGGUCCGGGUCCGGGUCGUCCGGGCUCCCUCCGCGGACCGUCCCGCCUCAGAUGAUCUCCACGCCGGCGAGAUGAAAGCAGCCGACGGGGGGGCCGGCGUGACCGUGGACAAGUUGAACGGCGACCCCAAGCGGAGGCCCAGCUACCCCGGGGAGCCGCGCGCCAAGCACGCCAGCAUGUCCGCCAAGGUGUGGGUCAAAGUGGCCAUGGCCAUCGCUUACUUCCUGUGCGUGUCGGUGGCCGCCUUCAUCCUGGUGGUCUACUACGUCUUCUUCUGGAAGCCCGACCCGCACAACAACGGCACCGGCACCGGCACCGCUGGAGCCGAGCCGCACAACCGCACCGACUGCGCGUCCAAAUUCGGAUGAGUGAGGAGGGGGUCGGCCCGGAUUUGUCGACGUGGUGGCUGAUGGGGGUCACCCGAAAGUGGCCCGAACGUUUGCUUCUCCUUGAAGGUCGUCCCAAACCUGGCUCUAUUUAAUAAACACUUUAUUCACCUUGUAGGACCUCCAGGUAUGGACCACCGCCCCCCACCGCCACCAUAAAAAAAAAAAAGUGUCUCAUUCAAUAUUUACAAACGCUGACUCAGCAACUAUUGUAUGUAACCCCUUUUAAAGCUAAACACUUUACUUACCUUGAAGGACCUCCCUAUUAUGCAUUCUAACGACUACCUCCAGCACCUCAAUUCUUUUGAAAUAUUAUUAUUAUUUUUAGUCUGUGUGUGUGUGUGUUUCCCUUUAAAUGAAAAUGACACUCCCGCCCAGUAUUAUUACUGCAUUGUAUUAUUUCAUUUCUAGCAAAAAGAGCAUGAAACAACAUUGCAGUUAAUGUUUGGGGGAGGGGGCCAUAUGUAACAGAUUUGUAAUCCAUAUUUUGAGGGAGAUUUUUCAGUGCUCCUUGACGAUGCCGAACCUUUGACCGUCCCAACACGGCUCUGACAUUUUAAUAUUGAUAAAACCCUGACGUGCAGCCCCGGAACGCUUGUUCGACACUUUAUUGACCUUAAGGGACCUCCAGGACUGACCUCUCCCAAAGGUUUCGAUUUAAUAUUUCAAAAAUGACGACUCAGCAACUAUGAAGGCAGUUUUCAAGCUUGUUAAACAUUUGAUUGACCUCGAAGGGCCGCUACCUCCAGUAGUCUGAAGCUCCAUUUGAAAUGAUUUUCCCAAACUUCUGCAGUCUCCCGGCUCCAAAAUUAUUAAAAUGAUUUUUCCCCACAUGUUUACAUAAUUGCUACAUAAACGUGUAAAAGGAAACCAUCACCCAAAAAGCUCACACGUCCUUAAAUGAUGCUUUUGAUCUUAAUAUUAGUAAUUAAAAAAAAUAACAAUAACAAUAACGGUAUGCUUUAUUAGUCAUAUUUGUUGAAUUUCUAAUUGUUUACACAGAGAAACAUUUCCAAAUUUAAUCUAAUAUUUAUCCGUAAUAUAAUGACAUUUGCCGUUUAAAAAUUCCACAGAACAAAAUAAUUUUUGGGGGGACAUUUAUCAGUAUUUUGCGGACACUUUCACUGGGAUUCACUUUACAAGACUUUUAAGAUAAUAUUCUCAUUUUUUCUAAUUAAUUUUGCCUCGAAAAAAAAAGGUCUUAAAAUAUUUGAAGUUUGACGUUGACUUCGCAAAUGCAUCAUUCAUAGUUUGCGCAGCAAUAUAAUGACAUUUGCCGUUUAAAAAUUCCACAGAAAAUAAUUUUUUGGGGAGGUUUAUCAGUAUUUUGCGGACACUUUCACUUGGAUUCACUUUACAAGACUUUUAAGAUAAUAUUCUCAUUUUUUUUCAAAUUAAUUUUGCCUAGAAAUUAAAUGUCUUGAAAUAUUUGAAGUUUGACGUUGACUUCGCAAAUGCAUCAUUCAUAGUUUGCGCAGCACCUGCUCACAUUAUGGUCGCGCGAUGUGAUAAAUUUAAU